AUGGGAGGAGUUGUAUCAUCUCUGUUUGGAAGUGGAGAAGAUGCAGGGACUGAAUCUGAACCAAGCCGACUCCUCAAGUUUAGCUCUUCAGCUCGGUGGCAGCUUCAUUACAACGAGAUCAAAGAAUCGAACAAAUUGAUGGUGGUUGAUUUCUCGGCGUCGUGGUGUGGACCAUGUAGGAUGAUUGAGCCUACGAUUCAUGCCAUGGCUGAUAAGUUCACUGAUGUUGAUUUCGUCAAGUUAGAUGUUGAUGAGCUUCCUGAUGUGGCUAAAGAGUUUAAUGUGACGGGAAUGCCAACCUUUGUGCUGAUCAAAAAGGGUAAAGAGAUUGAAAGGAUCAUUGGAGCCAAAAAGGACGAACUUGAGAGCAAAGUUAGCAAACUCAGGGCAUAGUGAGCAUUAU